UCUUUUUUAUUGGAUUUGUAAUGAUUCUUAACCUUUGUGGAAUUCAUUGAGAUCGCGCCACACUUUUUCUUACUUCCAAUCCAUCCAUUCAUUCGCAUUCCAUUUCUUCAAGAAUUCAAUUACCCUCCCCUUUUCUUCUCAUUCUUCCAUUCCCAAAUCCCAACCUUCCUUAUUCUGCUUAAUCCAAGAUAUUGAACUCUUGGGAUAAGACAGCUAGUCCUUGGAUUGGAUAGAGUUGCUUGUUUUGAAGGAUCAUGACAGCAUAUGACAUGGAUCCUGAUGUUGUUCGCUGGGGCCUUCAUAAUCUCUUAGAUGUUUGCACACUUUCCAAUAAUGGUUCUCCUAGUAUCAUAACUAGAUAUGAUCCGGAUUUAAGUAGCAGCAGCGUAGAAUAUGUUAGAGAAGGCUUCUGUCAGCCUUCGUACGUGGAGAAUGAUGAAGCUGUUGCUCGUGCUUACCAGGAAGAAUUAUCACAACUUGAAUCCUUGGAAGCUUCUGGGAUGUCGAAAUUCGGGAAUGAUCAAGCGCGGGCAGCCGUACUUGCACAGGAUUGGCAUUCUUACUCAGAUGGAAGCAGAAAUUUUGGUGGCAAUGAAACUUGCCAGAACUCUAACAGUGAGCCAUACAACAUUCCAGAAGCAGAGAAUUAUGAUCCAAGUGAAAGGGAAAAUGGUACGCAUGACAUUGAUGUUUAUGGUUCCUCUUCUGGGUCAGGAGAGAUUCCAGUUAUUAGUGAUGAUAUGUGGCAUACGUUGGAAAUAAUGGAUGAGUCUUCUCUUGACGGUGAAGUAGGAAAAAGAUUAAACCAGAUGGUCCCAAUCCCUCAUAUUCCUAAAACCAAUGAAAAAAUUCCAUCAUAUGAUGAAGAAGUAUCAGAUCACCAAAGGCUACUAGACAGACUGCAGUUGUAUGAAGUGGUUGAGCGUAAGGUUGAAGGAGAUGGUAACUGCCAGUUUCGUUCUUUGUCAGAUCAACUCUAUCGCUCACCAGAGUACCACAAACAUGUGCGGGAGCAAAUUGUUCAACAGCUCAAGUCUUAUCCAGAACUAUAUGGGGGCUAUGUUCCAAUGGAGUAUAGUGAUUAUUUAAAGAAAAUGAGCAACUUGAUGCGUGGCUGUAUUAGGAAUGGUGAAUGGGGUGAUCAUGUCACAUUGCAGGCUGCUGCCGAUUGGUAUGGUGUCAAAAUUUUUGUGAUUACAUCAUUUAAGGAUACGUGUUACAUCGAGAUUCUUCCACAGACACAGAAGUCUGGAAGAGUGAUCUUUCUGAGCUUUUGGGCGGAGGUGCAUUACAACCCAAUUUAUCCCGAAGGAGUUACAAAUUUUAAGCAAGCAAUUUAAGGGUGUUUUUUUGUAUGAGAGUAAGGAAUGAUGAGGGGAGUGGCAAAGUUUAUUGAUAGUUGAGUUAUAAUUAAGCUAUACAACCUUGCUGAGAUUCCCCCUAUGUUAUUUUGUUUUAUGCAUUUUGGAUUCAUUUGUUGUACCUCAGACAGAUUGUUCUAGUGUCGUUAUAAUUGCAGAUUAGCUUCUAUGCAUAAUCCUCAAAUUUUUGGGGAAAAAGGAAAGGCAAGUAACAUAACAAAAGCAACACAACAUAUUUUAGAUAAGAGAUUGGAAGAUUAGACUUUCUUAUGUAGCUUUUUCUUUUCUUUAGUUUUUGCUCAAGUUAGGAGGAUCUAUUUUCUUGUAACUCUUGCCUUUAAUGAUAUUCUUCAUUUAACUGUAACCAGAGUUGCCGGCACCCUAUGCAAAGAGAAAGAAGAGAUGGUGGAAUUUUGGUGGUUAGGAUUGAAGUAUUUCAUGCAUCCAGCUACUUUAUCAUCUGUUCUUGUUUAUGGCUCUUCACUCGGCUGUGGUUGAGUUUUUUUAUUGAAGUUGCAUAUUUAUACCAGUUGGCUCUUCCCCUUUAUUCUGCUUCUAUUCUUUUGUACAUAUCCUCAUUUUUCCCCCCUUGUACAGUCCUAUAUUCUUAUAGUGCAUCUCAUUUACAGGAAGAGUGAUCUCUCUCUCUCUCUCUCUCUCCAUAUUAAAACUCAAAGAAAAACAGUAUGCUAAAGAGGAGAAUCUAUGUAUAUAUCUAUUAUAUAAAAUAUAAAAAGAGAAACCAAUCAAACCAUGGUAGUUUAACAUUCA